UCUUGAUGUUUCUUUGCCACAGCAUUAUUCUACUAAAGGCACGAACGAUCCGCGAACUUCCGCAUAAUCGGGUUGUGGUGAGUUUGGUGAGUAUCAGAGUUCGCCAAGCACGCACAUCGCUGAGGAGUGCACCACAGUGGGGAACAAUCAUUCGUAGUUGAGAUUCGAUCGCGUACGGACGUAGUUUUUGUUGCUCGUCGUCGUUCUCGUCGUUGUCGCCAAUUGGGGCCACACGUUAAGUGUUUGUGUACUUUGUGGGUAUCCUUUUGCUCUUCAUGGAGUAUUAACCUUUUGUGUUGAUUUUUGGUGUCAGUUAAAAGUGCGCGGUAAUUGAAUCAAAAUUGCCGCUGAAUGAUGUGAAUAUCGGGAGAGCAUCCCUAAGACCAGUGAAUGGAAUAUAAAACACAGAAGAAAGGCUUCUCGAAGUGGUUGUGCUGCUGUUGUUAUUGCUGCUGCUAUCCUCCGAUGCUCCGUGCUUCGUUCUGAUGGAAUUGGAAUAAUAAUUGUUGAUUGCAGUGCGUGCGUUCGUUCGUUCAUUCGGGUUGGAUGAUGCGAUAGUUCCGGAAAUCCUGCUGUUUGCCCGAAAAGAGCGAUUUUAAAUUAUACUGAGCGAAAUAGAAGCAUAUUAAGUCUGAAUAAGUGUUUGAAUUGUUGGAAGAAAGAGCUAAAUCGCAUUGAAGUCGGGUUGUGAUUAUAUCUUUUUUUUGGGAAAAAGUGGCGUAUUGUGCAUUCCAUGAAUAUUGAUUAUCCUGCGCUGCUGUGCAUUAGUGUAUUGUAUUUUCACUUUGAGUGUCUCACAUGAGUGCGCUUGGUACGGAAAAAGAGUAGUUUUGUUGGUGUCUUUUCAACGUUAUUCGCAACUGUUGGAAUUGAAUGUGUCCACAAGAAUCCACGAACGAGCAACAGCGAAGCGUGACACCAAUACCAGCGGCACUGUCAUCGGUCAAUGAAUAACAGCGCCACAAUACAAAGGCGAAAACCAGUGGUGGAACGAGUAGUGUGGUGAGUUCUUGAAUUGCAGCAGAAGGAUCGCUCUCCACUGUAGAGAGUUCGGAUGGCGACGAAGUAGGGGAGCAAUCAGAAUAACAAUAAUAACAAAAAACUUGUUGCGUCCGCUCGGUAGACGACAUACGGUUUGCGCGUGUUAAUGAGCGCAGUCAGAACGUGCGGUGCAGUUCUGUCACAAACACCAAUACCAGUUCAAACGACUCGUUGUAUAUUUUGAUUUUUGUUGUUCUAAUGCCUAAGUGUACACAAAUUGGAAAGUGACCGAAACCGAUACAAGUAAGAAGAGAAUAAGUGAUCGACAAAUUGAGCGCGAAUAAGCAAGAAGAUCGAAAGCAUUGACCGCAGGUAAAUUGGAUUACUUAAUGGUAUUUGCCUUGGUCUGGUGUCUAUUCUGAAAACACAGUCGGGUAAACAGUACAGGGCGCUGAAUGUGACCUCGCUGUCCAGCUGAACCAAUUAAGCAGUGCAAGGUUCCGUGAAAUUGUGUAUAUGGUGGAGCUAGAGCUUGCGCCGUCGUGUAUGGAAACUCGGUAGAAAACCCCUAGAAGAAACAAAAAAGCUACACCGGAAAUUGGAACGCAUCAGGCGAGAAGAAGCAAAGCAAAAGUGACCGUCACCGCCUUGGGACAAAAUUUCGCAACAACAUCGGUGGAGAAGCAAGCAGCAGAACGUGUGGAGGCAGGAAACCGAUUAUAGAACGUCACACAGCAGCAGGACUCGUUUUGUGUGAUACAACCUGGCGCUGUUUUGCGUACCGGUGAAGCAACGCUUGCCCUCUGAUUCAUCUGAUGUGAAUGUAAGUGCCCGCCGCACACUUUUGCAUGUAUCAUAGGACCAGAGCAUCCUCCGUCCACUACCCGAUCGCAAAGAAGGCCAAGGACUCCAGCAAUGGGAUGAUCGGACUGCAGGCGGAGCUCGGGGGACCACCGCCGGGACAACUGAUGACCUCGCCGGCCGCCAUGAUGUCGAAUGGGCCCCCAAACGGACCCGGUAGCCUCUUGCCACCGGGGCAUCAUCACCCUACCGCAGGACAUCCAGCGGCGCAUCUUCAUCCUCCGCCGCCACCCCAGCAGAUGGGUGGACGAUCCGGUGGGACGGCACGGGAACGCGCCCAGCAUGCGGUCGAGUACUACAACAGCAAUGUCCUGAGGGCCCGGGUUGGAGCGGGUCUUGCCGGACCGCGGAACUCGGUCCACGAACGCUAUCCGUACAUCCAGCGUCAUCUAGGGAUGAACGUCGGCGGAAAACUGGCGCCUCAGAACUCCGAGAACCUCUACCGGAGUAACUCCAGCCUGGAGCUAAUACACGAUCACAGCGGCCAUCACGAUGGCCUGCACCCAGGAGGGUCAAAUCUACGGCGGGAGUACGGCAGUCACGGAUCGAUCGAUGUCAUAUCCUCCGAUCGGCACCACAGCCAAACCACAGGCGAAAGCUUCCUAGCAAUGCUUCAGGAAUAUCGCCCAGCCGUAUUUGGCAUGGAACACACGCAUCAUCACACAGGCAAUCACAAUCACCACGAUGCCCGAAACGCUGGAAUGCUUUCAUCCGGGGACGAUAGCCUGGAUCGCGGCAACUCCAGUCCGAAGCUACGCAUGAAGUUCAACCGGUUAUGGUCGUCUUCGGGAGCUCACGGGGCCAAACCAGGCCGUGGACAAACGCAAAGCGCUUCACUCGACGAUACCUCGUUGAACCCGAACGUUUCGGUACUGUCCAACGUCAGUGCAACGUCAACAACCACGGUAUCGUCGGCCGACAUCGAAGAACGCCAACGGAGAAGAGCCUUUGCCCACUUCGACUGCCAGUCGCUCACCGCUAACCUCGGCUACGCCGCCAAACUGCGAGGACUCCUACUUGCUAGAAGAAGGAACACCACAACCGGAGCAUCCGCGGCAGCUACGUACGGAACACGGUCGUCCACUCCAGACGGCGACAGCAUAGACGAAGACUACGGCGAUGGCCAAAGCAACGAACUUCUCGACAGUUGCCCGUUCUUCCGUAACGAAGUCGGUGGAGAAGAAGAGCGCGAAGUUAGCCUCACAAGGAUGCAGAACCCCAUGCCCGCUGGUCAGCAAAGACGAGCCAUCCAUCGACCGGCUCUAGCCUACGGAGUAUCUUUGCUGGAAUGUGGUACGAACGAGACUCUCUGGAAAGCCAACAGCUGCCCCUAUCAGAAGGGUCCUCGACCGAUCGAACAGAUCGACAACGGUGCUCUCUACUAUCGGCAGCAUUUCUUCGGCCAGGAACAUCAGAACUGGUUCGGAAUGGACGAGCAGCUGGGUCCCGUAGCGAUCUCCAUCAAAAAGGAUAAGCUGCCGCCCAGUGCGACGCCUACCCUUGCAAUCCACGGGGCCGAUGUUGCGGCCACGUCCAACCAAACUCCUCAGGCCCUGUACCGGCUUAUAGUCCGUACGGCCGAGCUGCUAACCCUGCGCGGAUCCGUCAUCGAGGAUUCCAUUCCAAAUCCUCGCGGAACGGGUAAGCACGUCAGUACCAAAGAAAUUCUGGAAUACGUUGCGCCAGAAGUACAAAUCAGUUGUCUACGGCUAGGCGUCAAUACGUCCCAGUGCGAACAGCAGCUCCUGAAGCUCGACGAACAAGGCCUCACCUUCAAGUACAAGGUCGGAAUCCUGUACUGCCGAGCCGGACAAUCUUCCGAGGAGGACAUGUACAACAACGAAGAAGCCGGACCGGCGUUCAACGAGUUCUUGGACACGAUCGGCAAACGGGUUCGUCUCAAAGGCUUCGAACACUACAAAGCCGGUUUGGACAACAAGACCGACUCCACCGGAACGCAUUCCCUGUACGCCAACUACCAGGACUGCGAAAUCAUGUUCCACGUGUCCACGAUGCUCCCAUUCACCCCCAACAACCGGCAGCAACUCCUUCGGAAGCGACACAUUGGAAACGACAUAGUGACGGUCGUUUUCCAAGAACCGGGAGCUCUUCCGUUUACUCCAAAGAACAUCCGUAGCCAGUUCCAGCACGUGUUUAUCAUCGUUCGGGCGGUGAACCCGUGCACGGAUCACACCCAGUACCGGGUGGCGGUGUCCCGUUCGAAGGAAGUGCCGGUAUUCGGUCCCCCGGUUCGUCCGGGUGCUCUCUACGCCAAAGGAAAGACCUUCGCCGACUUCCUGCUGUCGAAGGUGAUCAACGCCGAGAAUGCGGCGCACAGGUCGGAGAAGUUCGCCACUAUGGCGACCCGAACCCGGCAGGAGUACUUGAAGGAUCUGACCAGCAACUACUGCAGUGCCACGCUGGUGGAUACCGGUCAGAAGUUCUCGAUAUUCCCCAGCAAGAAACGGGAGCGAAGUAAGCCCCGAUUCUCCGGCGAUUUGAGUCAGCGGGGCGCUUUCUGUUGGCAAGUGGUGCUACAUGACAGUGGGAUGUCUACGCAGGUAGAUUGCUUCUUGGGCAUCUCGGCGGAGACUUUUGUGUUGAUCGAGGAAUGCUCAAGGCAGAUCAUAUUCGUGACUCCGUGUAAGGCAAUUUUGGGGUGGUCUACGAGCCAGAACUCCCUGAGGGUGUACUAUCAUCAAGGGGAGUGUGUAACGCUGAACAUGCGGGAUUCUGGGGAUCGUGAUGAACAGCUGGAAGUGAUCGAGCGGUUACGAGCCGUUACGAAUGGUUGCGGAGCGUUGGAGCUAAGUCUACGGAGGAAUCCUAUGGGACAGUUGGGAUUCCACGUGCAGCCGGAUGGCGUGGUUACACAAGUGGAAAUAUCUGGACAGGCCUGGACGGCUGGUCUACGCCAAGGCUACCGGUUAGUGGAGAUCUGCAAGGUUGCCGUGGCUACGUUAUCGCAUGAUCAAAUGGUUGAUCUCCUGAAGACUUCAGCGCAGGUGACAGUGACCGUGAUCGAGUCCUUUGCUGAUUUCAGUCCUCGUCGAGGCUGUUUUCUGCAAAAUUGCCGGUUCAAUGCGAUCAACUACGAAAGUGAUUAUGAAACCGUCCCGGAACGGGCGGAUAAGAACGGCAAGAAGCAUCUACCCAGUGCCCAGCUGCAGUCGGCUAGCCAUCGUCGACGGUAUGAACGGAAUUUCUCCCCGCCACGAUCGAGUAAUAGUUCCGGGUACGGAACCGGAAGCAGUAGUCGAUCGUUUACUGCUUUGCAUCAGAAUGGUAUUCCACCCAGCGUCGAGCAACGAUAUGGUCAGACGGAUAUGGGAACUUUAACAAGCUCAUCCAGUGGACAUUCAUCGAACGACGAACGCUGGUAUGACGUUCUAGAACCUCAACAUGAAGCUCCUUCGUCAGCAAUCGCUCCCCCUACAGAACCAAACUAUCAUCACCCAAAGCUAACCGCUUCCAGUAAUUCCUUACCCCUUGCCGGAGCUACUCCUCGACCUCUUUCCCUACACAACGAUUCUCGUCAGUUGACCAAUAAUCAAAACGCCAAUGCCAACGUUGCCCUUCUCAAGCGUCUGAUCAUUAACGAGAACCAUGGCGCGCUUGAAAACGGAUCCUCCGAACCGCUCUACAGCAGUUCCAUGAAGAACCUUGCCAACCAUCACCAUCUGAGCGCCGCCGAAGAAGAGGACCUCUCUCGACAUAACUCACCGCAGCUGAAACGCUCCGCGACCACCACUAACAUCUACGGAAUUAACGGAGGAAGCGGUGGAAGCAAGAAAACCUUGAACAACGGUCCCAUGAGCUCCAGUAGCACGUCCAGCUCCCGCAACAACAGCCCUCGACCGAACAACAACGGCCUUACCGAUGCCACCAAGCCGCGAACGAAGAGUUCUGCGCCUCAGCGGAACAGCGUCAACUACACCGGAAGCUCCCUGCAGGAAGAUCUGAUGAGGCUCAUCAACCCGGACUACAUUGCCGCCGCCACUUCCAGCGAUGACAACUUCAACGCCGGUGCCAUGGAAAAGAUCCACAAGGGUAAUCCCAACAGCCACAGCUUGGGGAACAUCUCGUCCCUGACGGCGUCCGCCGGAUUGAAGCCGAUCCAGCAGCAACAGUUGACACAGAAGUCACGCUCCAGGGAAGCCAUCAAUCUAGGUUCGUCCAACAAUCUGAAGGUAGCCAAAGGAAAUAAUGGUGGAGGUUCGUCGAAUGGAACCUCCGAGCAGGAAUCGGAUGUCAUAUUUACCACGGCCCGUCCGGCCACGGUGAUAUCGUCCACGACGAGCAACUGUUCUAGCCCGGCCAGCGAGUUGAACAACAACAAUAGCAGUAAGCUACACAUCAACGAGGACCACCUGAAGAUGUCGCCGGGCAAGAAGCAGCAGUUGAUGGCUCUGGCCGCCGCUGCCGGGGGUAUAUUGAAGAAUGGGGGCGGUGGAGGUGGUUCUGGCGGAAUGAUGUCGAAUGGUGGCAGUGGAAAUGGCGGAGGGAAUAUGAACGGAAGUGGCGGAGGAAAGAUUCCACUGCCGGAUAUGAAGGAGAUGGACUGGAGCAGUUUGGUCGAUACGGCGACCAAGGCCAUGACGCAGCUCAGCGAAUCUGGUGCCAAGCAUCCGCAAGGGAACGUAUACUACGAUGACAUCAGUCAGGUCCUCAACGGCGUAGUCCAGCAACAGCAACAGCUGCAACAACAGCAGCAGCAACUGCAACAACUACAACAACAACAGCUCCAGCAACAACUGCAACAGCAGCAGCAGAGCUCGCAGCUAACUUCAUCGACUGGUCAAAAUGGCACCGGAACACCUGUCCUGUCGGACCUAUCUACGACGCCCAGUUCUGCUUCACCGGUGUCUACCGGAAGUGGCAGCACCGCCAACAGUGGCGGCCAAAUGAUGUCUAUGCCGAACAGUUCGAGCCUUCCGGAGCUGCAGAGCCAGGUGACGCAACUGUCCGACCGGGUCUUGCGCGAGCAACGCCGACGGCGCUCCCUAGAGCACGCCGUCCGCCGACUAACGGAGGAGAAUCGCCGGCUGCAGGAUGAGAGCCAAGCUGCCGUACAGCAACUGCGACGCUUCACCGAGUGGUUCUUCCAGACCAUCGAUCGCCAGUCGUAAACCUAUCCAAACCUUACUGUAAUAGUGAUCGACCUUAAACCACGUGCUUUGCCAAUGGCGUCUUCCAAAGUUUAUUGCAACGUUCAAAUACCUUCUAAUAGACUGCACCACGAUGAUAGCAAUCGCACCCUGUCCAUUAACAUAUGUAUGUAUCUGUUAAGUGAACCUGUUAAGCGACGGAGCCUUUCGUUACUUGUUUUACUACUAUAUGUACCGACUUUUCGAACUUUAUUAGAAUCGCGUACGAAACUCUUAAACCGCGUAAGUUUAGUAUCUCGUUAAGUGACCAAAAAUUUAGCGUUAGUGUUUAGUGUGCAAAAGUUAAACUUGUAAGCAAUCCACAUGCAACACCAAUCGGCACCAAUAUGCCUAGAGUACGUUAACGAGUGCAUCAAACUUUAUACAAUACAUUAUUGAAAAACUUGCAUAUAUCUCGGACCGCGUCCGGUUCGAACCCUAUUUAUACACCAACAAACGUUGUAAGGACACCAAUUUUUGUCAUCUUGACGUCAUAUACACACACAUAUGCAGACACUCAAUGAACGGUACAUGAAAAACAAUCAAAAAGAUACAUCAAAACUACAUUUAGCGAAGUAUUUGCCUAUUUAUCGAACGAAUUAUCUAAUAAUAAAAGCGUAACAUUUGUCCAAUAAUGAAAUGAAAUGAACAUAUUUAUAAUCCGUGGAGUAUGGGACUAUCUUGAAAUAUUGAAGCUGUGGAUGUUGGUAUUUCUUAAUAGAAUUCAAUGUUAUUCAGUCGGACUUUAAUCUGCAAGUAUGUCAUCUUUUUUCGCUUAGGUGAGAUAUUGUCAGCCAUGGGCAGUUGUUCAUGUUUCACUCUGGCGUCUCCCUUCUCAGAGGUAAGACACUAUUGCCAGUCCAAACAAAAUUUUCAUGUGUCGCUUUGGCGUCUACUUUUUCUUAGGCGAAACAUUGCCACAGCCCGGCCAGAUUUUCAUUUACCGUUUUGGUGUUUCCUUUCUUCAAGGUGAGACAAUAUUACCAGCCCCAACCAAUUUUCAUCUGCCACUUUGGCGUCUCCCUGUUUUACGAGGCGAGAUUAUUCCGUCGAGAAAGCUAUCCGUCGGAAGGUCCGACAAGUUAUAUUUACCUAUACUCUCCAAUCUGCGUAAUAUUCGGCGACCGCUCUCAUUGUCCUCCCACGAAUUUAGACGAUUCGUGUCUGGUGAAUUGUAGUGGAUUACCGUGAUCCUUAAUCCGCGCUAGACAAUCCAUCCUUUCAGGAAGCAAAAUUCUCUUCACUGGAAAUCCUCUAGAUUUUCUUCCUUCCAUGCAAUUCAAUGGGUUCUUGCUGGUCGUCAAUGUGGUCUUGUUCAGUUAACAGUUGUAUUUAGAACGAUUUCGUCAUCAGCCGAAAAUUCAAGUGCUGGAUGAUGCAAACUAGCUCUUGAACGCGAUCCAUUUACUACAGAAAUCUUCACCGAACUGAAAACGCGUUGCUAAACGGCCACGCCAAGCACGUUUUCGUGCCUUCAGACCAAGAACUGUCAUCCACGCCAGGAUAAAAGCAGUCAGAAUGCACGUAAAGAAUAAAUCUGCGUCAACAUGUCAAAAGGUCUAAAACGAAAGAAACUUGAUUAUUGAAUAAAUUUGUUUCUUUCACUGUAUUUAGGUCUCGAUCUACCUGCUAUCUGAGUAUCAGGAAUGUUUUGUUUUGUGUAGCUUUGCUUAAUUGGCCUCCUAAAGUGAGGUUAAGUUUUGUGAAAUCCCGUUUCGUAUUUUAGUGAUUGAGUCGUUUCAGAUAAAAUUUAAUGUGGGAUCGGGGUAGAAAAAGUCAUUUUAUCGAUAAAUUUACCAAAAAAAAAAAUUGAUUAAACUGAUGGGGAACUGGUAUUUCCCUUUCAAACUUCCAAAUUUUCACGACAUAACCUCAACUUUUAAUCGCCAAUAGCUGACACAAAUUUCAAUUUUCUCUUAUGUUAAAGUUUGUCUUGGAAUGAUUGUAACAUACGUGCAGUUCAACUUUUAUUAAAAGUCCCGUAAUCUACGGAUUGAACAAGAAAAGAAAAAGAUCAAAAAUUUAAACUCUUACAGAACGAAAACAUACCAAAUAAAGCAAACUAUUUUAGUACGUUCUUAAGAACAGCCGCAGGCGCUGUUCGUGUAAAGUCUGUUAAUUUAAAUUCUACUUGUGUAAUUGUCUGUAUUUAGUUUUACUUUAGUUUUUCUGUCCAACUGGGAUCCAAGUAAGGUAGCACCUAAGUUCGUUGUUGUAGUUUAUUUCCUUUCCUCUCUUUUUUCGUGUAUUUUGUUUUGCAUUCACGUUAGGCUGUAUCAUUGAUAAUGAAUAUUGUGCGAAUCUGAAAGUGCUUUGUUAAUACUAAGUUGCUGGAACUACUUUUGCUUGGUCUUGAGAUGCCAUCAUUUCAACCUGCCCUCCACAUGACGGCGGCGGGGUAGGCAAAGCGAAUUGUGUACUUUUUGUAACUUUAUACUUUGUAGUUAUGGAAAAAGAUCUACUUUUGUUCUAUAUUACUGUCUGUCUAGAUUUAGCUAAAACCUAUUUAAGUUUAAUAUAUGUCUCUUCUAGUUUAGAAAUCGAAAUCGUAUGCAAAACAAAAGAACAAUCAGUAAGUAAGGCGAUUAGAGCUAGACCGAUCCAGUUGUGUAGGUACUGUUGUGUGUAGCCUUGUAGAGAGCAUAAUAUACACUUAUUACUUACUUAUAUAGAACUAUUUAAGGGAAAUUUACACCAUUAUGACACACAUACAUACACACAUACAUUUACAUCAAUAUCGAGCAAAACCGUUAAAAUCACCCAAUUGAAAUAUUGAAAUAAAUGCAAAAGUAAUAAAA